AGCUGAUACCGUUUGUUGACAACAGCGACACCUCAAUGCACAGUUUCCGGUUGCUUUGAACCCAUUUGCUAAACUAAUUUGUUCCUCAUCGUUUCCUUGUUAUUUACUUUUCAUGAUAACAUUCCUAUAAUCUAGCGUUUUCUUAGUUUCGGACACUGCAGCCCAGUUCCUGAUUGAGACUUAUUUUAUCAGACUUCAGAAGCAUGAGAGGCAAAGUUGAAUCUGGUAGGGUUUGAACGCAGAUAUGGAACUUAAUACUAAAAGCAGUUGUCUUACUCUAAGCAAUUGUCGUUUCAUUAAAGCCAUUCCCAGGACUAAUUAGAUCACCAGACUAACAAAAAUUAUCAACUACUUGUGGGACCCGUGAAUAUUUCACAGAAUUAAUGAUCAGAACCAUAAGAAUCAGCAGUGACAUCUUUGAUGAUGCAUCAAACCUGUGAUACAGUUCGUUUCCAUUCUCCAGUUUUGCAUACCACCUUCAAACUGUUGUAGUUAAUCAAAUGCAUAUGCAGUAUUGCUCACAUAUGGCACUGUCGGUUCAAUUACGAUGGCUCUUUGAGUAGAAUCAAACUACAAAAAAAGAAGAAAAAAACUAUCAGAAAUAUAGUAUUAUGAUGGAGGAAUUGAAAAGUACUUCCCAGAUCAACUGUAAUUCUCUCAAGCAUUAGCACCAGGAAACAACUUUUCCAGUAUUAUAUUUAACCAGUCAGAAUUUAUUGCCUUGAUGAAAUACAUGCGGAACCAAUCUAGCAAGAAUAUCAGAAGAGUUGAUGAUGUCAACUUGCUUCUUUACAAUAUCAAAGAAACCUCUUGUUAUUCUAUUAUGACCUCGGUUAUAAGAAGCCAACUAUUACAGACAGAGAAUAUGUGUUGUAAUCUACAAUUCUUGCAGGAGUUGGAGACUGCUUUAACACACAGUAUUUAAUAUGUGCUAAUAGCAGAUGACUUGCUUCGAUGAAUGGAAGAGAUAUGGCAGAAAAAAGGACUCAACAAGUCAGUCUGUUCUAACAAGAACUGUUUGUGAUGUAACAUACUACCAAAUGUAUAUAAGUGCUUACGGCAAAUGUCUCUGGAGCAAGUUUGAUAUCCAUUUCUUAUGUUGAUUCUAUCAUCAUGAACGAUUCUGCUAAUUCUAUGGAAAACUCAAAUGUUGAGAAGAAUUUUCAGUGUGAUCAGUGUUCAUUCACUACAGAGUUUCAUUCAGCUUUGGUACAUCAUCUCAGUCAAGUGCAUAACGAACAACAAACAUUUCUUGGAAAUGUGUCCGAUAUAAGUGAGGAUGCAGCUAUUGAUAAAGGAAAUAAUAGUACCCCGGUCGGUGGACUGGAUGAUGAGAAACGUAGGUUAUUUCACUGUGAGAGCUGUUCUUUUUCUUCUCCAUUCCGUAGUAAAAUUGUAAGUCAUUGUGUUGUUCAUUCCGAUGCCCGUCCCUUCAUCUGUGAUCUUUGUGAUUAUGCUGCAAAAAGAAAAUAUGAUCUAAAAAAACAUAUGCAUUUCAAACAUAAAGUUUUCCAAUCUGGAUUCAUACCACUCCCCAACCAACCAUCAAUUGAUAAUUCCUCUUUACGAUUUGUAACUAAUCAGUAUGGAGUUAAUGAACAUGAAUCUCGAUUGACUGCCACAAACACAAGUUAUCCUAAUGAAUCUGUCCAAUAUUCUAAAAACGUUUCUUCUGUGAAAAUGGAAUCUGAGACUAGUGAAGAUGACUGUUAUAUUAUUGAUGAAAGUUUAUCAGUUCAAGAGCCCUUUCCUAAUACAAACAUGUUGAAUCUUUCCAAUGUAACAUUGAAUAAACAAUCUGUUUCUGAUUUUCAGGAGCAAGCAAAUAGAUCUCUUGUAUCUGCUGCUCCUCAGAGUAGUACAGCUUCAGAUCACAUAUCAGUUCCAGGACUGACCAAAUCUUCUUCUACUUAUUUUCCCCUGCAACCAUCGAGUUUGUUUUCAAAAGAUCAUCUCCCUAUUCGUCAAACACCUCCACAAUCCCUUGAAAGUGGUCAAUCACCAGCUUCAAGAACUUCACCUUUUAUUAAAGACAUUGGUGUAACAAGUACCAUUGCUGAAACGAGCUCUCAUUCUUCUACAGCAACAGUUUCUAGUUCAAAUGUUUCAGACAAAUGUAUUGGCAACAGCCGAAGUUUUACAUGCCCACAUUGUAACAUCCUUUAUUUUGACAAUGCACUUUAUGUGAUGCAUAUGGGCCUUCACGACCCUGAGAACCCUUGGCAAUGCAAUUUAUGUGGUGACAUUUAUCAUGAUGUUUAUAGUUUCACUUCACAUUUUAUCAAUGAACACAGACAGUAAUUUAUCAAUGAAUCAUGUUAUAUGACAGGUAGCGAAAAUGAAGUUUCUGCUGAACAUAAGACAUGUCAUAUUUUAUAUAACGUAUGACUACUACCACUAAAAUAACAAACUCACUCUGUACUUCACUACCUACUAAUAAACUACCAUCAUAUGUAUGCUCUCUCGCAAACACACACACAUGUUAAUACACUACGAUUUUAUACCUUUUUUGUUAAGUAUAAUUUUAUUGUGAUUUUCAA